CGGCGACAGCCGCUUGUGACGCUAUCAGGCCGCGCCGUGGGGGCUUUCUCCCGGUUCCCGGUGUUUGGCAGUUAUUCGGCUUCCCGGCUCUGGGCGCGUUUCGCUGCCGGCAAGACCAUGAGUUCGGGUUACCGGAGGGACUGGAGGGGCGGCAGCGGAGGAGGCGGGUCGUCCUCGGCAGGAUGGGAAAGCUCGGCGGGCGGCAGAGGCCGGGGCCGGCAUCCCGCGCACCUGAAAGGCAAAGACAUCGGCCUGUGGUACGCCAAGCGGCAGGGCCAGAAGAGCAAGGAGCAGGAGCGGAGUGAGAGGGCAGUUGUGCAGAUGGAUGAAGCAAGAGAAGAACACAUCACCCGACUGCUGAAUUCUGUCCAGACACGGAGCGAUUACAAAGACCAACGUACCUCACUGUCAGCUGACUCCAGCAAGAAUUGGAGAAGUGCAUGCCCCUCCUCAUCAACCAACAAGGAAACUAAACCAGAGACCAGUGCUGACCUAGAAUACCUCUUCGAAACCAUUACUCAGGAUGUGUUUUUGGAUGAGGAGCUAAAGGAAGAACUUGUGAAGAAGACAUCUAGCUUGAGAUAUCUUGAUAUGAAGAGAUUUCGGGAGAAACUCCCUUCUUAUGGUAUGAAGAAAGAGGUUGUGGACUUGAUCAAUGAAAAUCAGGUGCUUGUCAUAAGCGGAGAAACAGGUUGUGGGAAGACUACGCAAGUGACCCAGUUCAUUCUGGAUGACUACAUUGAGAGGGGCAAGGGCUCUCUAUGCAGGGUUGUGUGUACUCAGCCUCGACGAAUCAGCGCAAUCUCGAUAGCUGAGAGGGUCGCAGCAGAAAGAGCUGAAGCCUGUGGUGAUGGGAACAGUACUGGUUACCAGAUCAGGUUACAGAGCCGCCUGCCACGGAAGCAGGGUUCCAUCUUAUACUGCACUACUGGAAUCAUUCUCCAGUGGCUUCAGUCAGACUCCCUUCUGUCUACUGUCAGUCACCUUGUUUUGGAUGAAGUUCAUGAAAGGAGUUUGCAGUCAGAUGUCCUGAUGACAAUUGUGAAGGACAUUCUGCCUUUCAGGCCAGAUCUGAAGGUGAUAUUGAUGAGUGCAACUCUAAAUGCCAACAAGUUUUCAGAAUAUUUUGACAGCUGUCCCAUGUUGCAUAUUCCGGGAUUCACGUAUCCAGUGAAGGAAUACAUCUUGGAAGAUGUCAUUGAGUUGCUCCACUAUCGUCCACAAACCCAAGAAAUUCGGAGACCGUCCUCCAAGAGAAGAUUCAUGCAAGGUUGCAUGUUUCGGCCAGAGAAAGAGCGAGUGGAGGAAGAAUACCAGCAGCAAUGGCCAGAAUACAUGAGAGAGUUGCAGGGGAGAUAUUCAGACAGUACGAUUGAAGCCUUGGAAAUUCUGCAUGACGAUGACAAAAUAGACCUCAAUUUGAUAGUAGCUCUCAUAAAACACAUUGUUCUUCAUGGAGAGGACGGUGCCAUUUUAGUCUUCCUUCCUGGAUGGGACAAUAUCAGCACCUUAAACGAUCUUCUGACUGCACAAACCAUGUUCAAAUCAGAUCGAUUUGUCAUCAUUCCUCUCCAUUCUCUCAUGCCUUCAGUGAAUCAGACAGAGGUUUUCAAGAAACCGCCACCGGGAGUUCGCAAGAUUGUAAUUGCUACCAACAUUGCAGAGACAAGCAUCACCAUAGAUGAUGUGGUUCAUGUGAUUGAUGGAGGAAAGAUAAAAGAAACUCACUUUGACACUCAGAAUAAUAUCAGCACAAUGGCGGCAGAGUGGGUCAGCAAAGCUAAUGCCAAGCAACGGAAAGGUCGAGCUGGCAGGGUGCAGCCAGGUUCAUGCUACCACUUGUACAACGGUUUGCGAGAGAGCCUUCUGGAUGAUUAUCAGCUUCCAGAAAUCAUGAGGACUCCACUUGAAGAGCUUUGCUUGCAGAUCAAGAUUUUAAAUCUUGGUCGAAUUGCCCAAUUUCUUGAGAAGGCAAUGCAACCUCCAUCAAAGGAAGCUGUUAACCUGGCUGUCACCCAUCUUAAAGAGCUGAAUGCUUUGGAUAGGAAUGAAGAGCUUACUCCACUUGGGGUCCAUUUAGCUCGCUUGCCAGUGGAACCACAUAUCGGGAAAAUGAUUCUGUUUGGAGCACUGUUGUGCUGCCUGGAUCCGGUUCUUACCAUUGCAGCCAGUCUCAGUUUCAAGGAUCCAUUUGUGAUCCCAUUGGGUAAAGAGAAAUUGGCCGAUGCAAAACGCCGUGAAUUAUCCAAGCAAUCUCGGAGUGACCAUCUGACUGUGGUAAAUGCGUUUAAGGGCUGGGAAGAAGCAAAAAGGCGAGGUUUCCGAUCAGAGAAGGACUACUGUUGGGAAUAUUUCCUUUCUCCAAACAACCUGCAGAUGCUUCAUAACAUGAAAGGUCAAUUUGCUGAACACCUGCUAGUGGCUGGCUUUGUCAGCAGCAAAAAUCCCCGAGAUCCCAAGGCAAAUAUAAAUUCAGACAAUGAGAAGCUAAUUAAAGCUGUGGUUUGUGCGGGCUUGUAUCCGAAAGUGGCAAAAAUACGACCAAGUUUCAGCAAGAAGAGAAAAAUGGCUAAGGUCUUCACCAAGUCGGAUGGAAGAGUCAACAUUCACCCAAAGUCUGUCAAUGCUGAAGAAGGUGAAUUUGAACACAACUGGCUGAUCUAUCAUUUGAAGAUGCGGACAACCAGCAUCUACCUGUAUGAUUGCACAGAGGUCUCACCAUAUUCCUUGCUGUUCUUUGGAGGCGACAUCUCUAUACAGAAGGAACAGGGCCAGGAGACCAUCUCUGUGGAUGAAUGGAUUGUGUUCCAAUCACCAUCUAGAAUUGCUCAUUUAGUAAAGGAUCUAAAACGGGAGCUUGAUGCUCUUCUGCAAGACAAGAUUAAGAAGCCACAGCCUGUGGAUUGGAAUAAUCGAUCGAAAGACUGUGCUGUCUUGUCAGCAAUCAUAGACUUGAUAACCACACAAGACAACGCCAACUCAAAGAACUACACUCCGCGAUUCCAGAGCUGCUGAAGCUGCAAUACCUGCAGUUGAUUCUCCGGAGGGGUUCGUACUGAGCCUAAAAUGCUUUUAUCGUAGCUCACCAGUACAGAGUUGUUUUGCGUCACUUACGUUUUUUGGCUAACGGAGCAGAGGUCUCGGAGAAUAUGCCCAAGAAUCUCAUUGGUCAAGCAACAUUGGCCUAUGCACGUUGAAUAAAAUGCCUGCUGUUUUAAAAAGUGUAACUACAUUCUGCUAUCAAGUGUAAAUCCUACUGAGAAGGGGGUCAGUGACAGAUUACUGACAUGUCACACCUUGAUGAUCUGAAGCAACUCCUUGAGAUAGCUUCAUUCUUCAUUUGUCAUUUUCCUAAGUUAAUAAAACUUGUUUUCCAAUUCUAUCUUGGAACGGAGAGCACAUCCAUCCCAGAACAAAUCAGAGGAUGAACUUUUGUGAAUACUGAAAUUAAGGAUAAGUAAGUUGGAGUAAAAACAGAACAUAUACAGCAAAUUUAAGUGUUGAGGGUAAUAUUUGAUAUAGGCACUUAAUCACAACCCUUAUGUGAAAUUAACCUUUCUUUUCUUACAGAUUUUGCAUGUGCUGUUUACAUACAGCGUGUGCAUUCCUUUUCAUAUUCUGACAUAAUUACAGUCUAUCAGUUUUAUAAUUGGACAUACUUCCCCUCAAACUUUUUUUUACAUUAUUCAAAAAUAAUAGAAGGGAUGGCUUCAUGCUACCUGUGCAUUUAAGUGAGGUAGCAUAGUACUACAUUGUUUUAUUUUUGUAUUCGAUUUAGCCAUUAUUGUAAAAACUUAAUAACAGAAAGCACUGAUGGUUUGGAAAAAAUGGACAAACAGAUGUCUAUUGCAUGCAAAAAUCCAAAAGACAAGUUAGGUCAUCUAUUUGAAAGACUGUUGAGUUAUCCUAAGCUACCUUCGCUAAAUCACCCAGAGGCUCCCCUCUCCAGCAUCUCCACUUUAAAGUUGCCAUUAACAGGAACUGAGGUAAUUUUAAUGCUCUUGAAUCACAAGAAAUCCUUUGGAAUGUCAGUCUUGAGCCCAGACCCACCCUCCCGAACAAAGCCAUCACCACUCCUAAUGCUGCUGUUUCUUUGGUUUGGGUGGGUGUGAAACUGAGGAAGGUGUGUAAAACCAGCCUAAUGCUGCCAGCUCCACAGUGGCUGGUUCAGGUUUAACCAACCCCCCACCAUGGUCUAAAUACUUGAAUUCGGUGAGAUCUAUUUUUGAUUAUGGGCCUAAAGUUAGGAACAGGGCUAUUUAGGCCCUUGAACCUGUUCUACUAUUCUGUAAGAUCAUGGCUGAUUUUGACACACAUUUUUGGAUUCUGUAAAACAGAAUUGUUCUCAUUUAAAAUCGACAAAUGUUUUAACUUCUGACAUCUGUAGAGUCGAAGUGUUUCCCAAUUUUACUCCUGGUCCUAAUCUUUAGACUGUUACCUUUUGCUGGAUUCUUUCAGAAAAACAAUUUCUCUCUGUCUUGAUUUUAUCAGUUUCCCUUAAUUUCUUGACCUUUUGAAAUUUCCCCUGGGCCAUCGAAAUUGCAAGGGAUACAACCCCAAUUUCUGCAAUCUCUCCUCAUAAUUUUAUCUUUUUCAAGUUUAAAGGAUUAAUUUUUUGUUUAGUUCAGGUUGGAUUUAGCCUUUUUCAAAAUGCUAGGUUUUAUCUUGGGGGUGACCUGUCUUGCCUGUAGAUGGGUUGUAACUUGCCUUGGUUAAGGGUGUACUAAGUACUUGAAAUCAUUGUAACCUUAACAGCCCUCAUUUCAAAGCCCUAGCAUCGCCAGAGUUCAUCACUGAAGCCACAGAUCCAGUAGCCUCCAUCUAGUGCCAUAAUGUCUGGGAUUUGGACACACAAUAUAACAGUUUGAUCAUGGUUCCCUGCUGUUAGUGCUGCUUUUUAUCCACAAUGUAUAUCUUGGACAGUGAGUAAAUGCUAUGUGAGAUUCUUCCUCAAUAAAUUCCCAGACUCCUGCACAAGGCACCAGUGCACAAUAAAGGCUGGCUGUGCAGUAUUUUUUUUGUGGGGAUGGAUCAUCAUCCGAGUUUAGGUGCUAAUCUCCUUUGUUUUUAACAACAUUAGAAUACUGAGAUGCUGGAAGUGUAAAUUGGAAACAAGGAACUGGAAAAAAAAACCCAGCAGGAUUGUCAGCAUCUGUGGAGAGAGAAGCACAGAGUUAAUAUUUGAUAUGACUACUUCAGAAUAGCUGCAGGAAGAGUCAUAUUAGACUCAAGGCUUUAACUCUGUUUCUCUGUCCAUGGCUGCUGCCAGACCUGCUGAAUUUCUUCAUUCUCUGGUUUCAUUCCUAUGGUUCAGGUGGAUGUUUGAGAUAUCACUAUUCAAAAAGUCUUAGGGUUUCCCAAUAUCCUGGUCAACAUCUGUACCUGAACUAAUGUUGCCAGAAGCAAAUUUAACUGGUUGCUCAACUAAUUAUCACUUAUGUGAUCUUGGUGUCCACAAAAUAGCGGAUGAGCAUAUGGUACGUAAGUGAUUUGCUCACAUAAUGCAUUUAGCAAAACAAGUCUGUCAAAAUGCUUCUGAGAGAAAUGGCAUUACUGAAAAACACGUCUUACAUUUGGUUGAUUUCUGUGGAUUUGUUGUAUCUUGAUGCACUGAAUGUGCUUGCCUGAAUCUUGUGCAGAGAUUUAUAUUGCCUUUAUGUUUCAGCCAGUCAGGGCCUAGUUGGGGAUAGAUCCCAACCCCACAUACUGUCAUUUCUGAUGCAUUGAUUACAGAUCACUGCUUCAACUCGGCUACCUGACAAGUAGUGACAUACAGUAAGUACUGUCAACUCUCAGCUCUGAUAUCAGGCAGCAGGCAGAUCAUUAAUGGCUUUGGUCUCAUUCCCCAGUUUCCAUGAAAUGUUGGCGAAUCAUUGGCUUCUCAAAAUAUGUGUGUAACUCCAAGUGACUUCUGACCACAUAUUCCAAAUAAAAAGACACAACUGGGGCUUCUCACCUUCAGUCUUUUGGUAAACUUAAUGGCUGAGUAGGAAGAUCACGUUUCAAACAAGCAAAGUUUUUAGUUUGAUUCUUGAGGUUUCUGUGAGAAUUCUGAUUUCUGUAUGUUUAGUAUGCAUCAGUGACCCUGCCCUUUGUACUGGUUCAGCUGGUGUAUCAACACUUCUACCCAAUGGUAGAUCAAUAAUGUACUGCCAACAAAAUAAUUGAAUUUCCCAAGUCCCUCUCUUUUAAGGAAAUGCCAGAUAUUAGGGCAAAAGACAAAAGAACAGCAAGUGCAAUGUCUUGUUGCUUGUAUAUAUUUAAGGCCCCCAAAAGAAAUUAAGAGCAAAACUAAUAUCGAGGGUGAUUAUUAAGCAAAAAUAAAUUGAAGGUCCUUACAUUAAAGGCAAAUCUACUCCUUUACCUGUGCUAAUGAAAUGUUAAGGCCAAUGAGGUUACAGUCUGCUACACAGUAUUGUGUUUGGGUGCUGUCAGAAUGCCUAGUGCCCUCUGUCAUGUUGUAGUCAUAAUCAUUCCUGGUAAGUGAAUAAAAUACAAAAUGCUUUUUGUUUCAGAUGCUGUUCUCUAGACUGUAUUUAUUUGUGACUGUUAUUAUGAUGUAAUGGCUGUUCUUUUUACAUAGUCCAAGCAUUUGUAUUGUUUUUCUCCAUUAAAGUCCUUACCAUAUA